AUGUUUAAAGUAAAUCAACACGAUGGUAAACAAGUGUUACUGAAGGACUUCUCAAGAGAAUGCCGUCCCGCCGUAUCCCCGCUAAAGAACAGCUACUAUCAUGGUGUAUGUCCCACUCCUCUCAGUGGCAAAACAAUAGGCCAGAUGUUAGACCGAGCUGCGGAUCAGGGUGUCAGCCAUGUGAUCUUCAAAGUUCCAGAUUACAACCAGGAAAUAACGCUUGGGGAUCUCCUCUGUAGGACUCGGGCUGCAGCGAAAGGCUUUAUAGCGAUGGGUCUACAGAAGGGCGAUGUCGUCAUGCUUUCUGGAAUGGCAGAUAUGGAAAGUAUAGUGUUGUACUAUGCAGCGGUGUACAUUGGACUGGUGCUUUUCCAGCCUUGCAUGCGGUCCCCACUGGAAAAAUACCUACCCAAGGCAAUGCAGACCGAUCCAUCAGUGGUGUUUCUUGGUCCGGAAGUAUUACCUGUCCUCAAAGAAGAGGUCGAGAAGAUAUGGGAAUCUUCACCAACAAAUAGGUCGAAGACACUUAAAGAUAUCAUCUGCACUGGGACAAACAAACACAAUUUCAGUCAAUAUUCAGAAUUCCUAAAGCAGGGUGAAACCGUGUCGGAUGUCGCAUUAAACGACAUAACCUCCCGAGUUAGUACGGAGGAUAUCGCCUACAUAGUGGCGACAUCAGGAUCAAGUGGUGAAGCUAAGCAUGUGUGCCAGUCUCAUUUUUAUGCUGUCAACUUUGCGAAGUUUGCGAACACAAGACGAAAUCCUUACCAAAAGUGUGAUGUAAUAGGAACAAGAAACCCAACAACAGAUGAUAUUCAGUUUUUCCUGAGCGUGACACAGGCGGUAUAUAACUGGCGGGAGAUUACUAUGAUCAUCAUGUCUUCUAAGGUAGAAUUCUAUCAGGACGAUAUUACAUGUCUGCUGGAAUGUAUUCAAACCUAUAGGAUGACAUGGUACAGCGGAUAUCCGUUUGAACUUGUGAAGAUGUUUGAUAGCCCGAGUUUACAGAACUACGAUAUAUCAUCAUUACGAGGAGUCAUCAUAACAGCUUACAUGAUAUCACCAGACUUCAAACAACGACUAAAACAGUAUUUCCCCGACACGAGUGAUGCGUACGGAUCCUCUGAAGCGAUCGUUUCCAUGACGUCAGCUACGCUUUCGUCACAAACGCAGCAGAUGGAGAGCGUUGGAUAUCCUUUUCCUCAUGCGGAGGUGAUUGGAAACUGGAGGAGGGAUCCUCGAGACAUUGGUAUUAUGGAUGCCACAGGUCACAUACGGCUGCUAGGUAGGAAAGAGGAAUGCGUCGUGUUUAAACAUUCAGGAGACAAGGUGUACCCCUCCCUCAUACUGGAUACGGCCAAUAAACAUGAAGCAGUAAAGGAGGCCAAGGUGGUGGGGAUACAAGACAACCAUAUUGGCCACGAAAUAUGUCUCUUUGUUCAACUGCAUCCUGAGGCCGUACUAACAGAAAAAGAGCUGGAGGAGUAUUUCAUCAAAGAGCUCCUGUUUCUCGAGUGUCCAACGGAAUAUUUUAUCCUCGACGCCAUGCCUCGUGUUGGUUCUAGAGGAAAGGUUCAUAUUCAACGGUUGAAGGAGAUCGCCAUUGAAAGAUUGGAAGGUCGAUAA